CCCACUUCCUGUCACAUACUGCUCCAAGGAGGCGGAGUUUGUGUUUUAUCAGCGCGGCCCAGCUGUGUUUGAUGCUCCUUCAGACUGAUACUGACUCACAGACACACUGCCGACGCUGAUAAGCAUAAACAUCUCUGUUCAGCAGCUGCUCCGUAUAUGGAGACAACAAAUAUCCGGCACUGAAAACCUCUUUUCAGUGAGAGCGGGAGCCUGAUCUGUGGUCCGUCUGCAGCGUGUGUGUGUGUGUGUGUGUGUGUGUGUGUGUGUGCUGGCAUGCGGUGGUGCGCUGCACUCGUGCUGAAGGUGCUGCUGUGGGUGCUGGUCAGUGAGAUGGCCGCGGCUCAGGUCUGGUGUCCGGAGAUGUGCUCCUGCUCGGACGCUGUGGUGGACUGCAGCAAACGCGGCCUCACCACGGCCAGCCUGCCCUCGUCCUUCCCUCCACACACCAUCGCUCUCCAGCUCAACGACAACCACCUGACCGCUCUGCCCCCCGGCCUGCUGGACUCACUGCCCUCCCUGCGCCGGGUCGCUCUCCACGGAAACCCCUGGUCAUGUGACUGCGGCGUCCUUUAUCUGAGAGGAUGGCUGCUGAAACAGAGCAACCCCGCUUCCAUACAGAACGUCAGCUGCAGUUCUCCUGCUCGCCUGCGGGGGCGCCUGCUCGUGUUUCUGUCCGAGCGGGAGCUGCUGGAGUCGUGUCGUUACUGGCUGUGUAACCUGGCCCUGGCCUCUCAGGUCAGCCUCUUCGUCUUCGUCGCCGUGCAGGUGGUCCUGCUGGCCUCUGUCGUCCUCUUCCUCCGGCGCUUCGAGCUGCUCAGCCGAGAGGCGCGACGCACGGCGGCGGAGAGCUUCACCGCGGAGGACGACGCGACGCAGAGCGACGAGUACGUCCCGUUAAAGGACAGGAGCCUCUAGGGGCCGGAGCGAAACUGACAAAUGCGUUCGGUUUCAUUGUAAUUAUCGCGCACGGUGCAGUUUUGUUUAUCGUAUUAAAAUGUCCUUUUUAAUUGCGUGCAUUUGCAAGGCAUUUAGACAACAAAAUAUAAUGUUAACUGUAAAAAUCUAAAUUAAUUUUUUUUAUACUUUCUUUGUAAAACGUGACUCAUACGGCCACAACAAAUUAAACAAUUUUAGUGCAUAUUCACGUGUGCAUGUCUAUGUGUUUUUGUCAUUUUUUGCUUCAAUAAAAUAAAAAGCAAAAUUGUUGUUAUUAUUCUUAA